AUGGCAGUGUUCAAGAAACUAAAGCUUCUCCUCUGGAAGAAUUUCAUCUUAAAGAAGCGGAAGACUCUGAUAACAGUUCUCGAAAUCCUGAUGCCAUUACUGUUUUCUGCAAUUGUACUGUAUCUUCGUUUCAAUAGUAUGCCAAAACACGUAUCAACUACUAAGUACCCAGCAUUUGAUAUCAGUUUUCUGCCAAUAUAUUUUGAUUAUUAUCCGACGAGAAGUAAAUAUCAGUUGGCCUAUAUCCCUUCCAAAAGCGGGACUUUGAAAAGCGUUACUGAAAUGGUGGACCAAGCCUUCACUGUUGGCUUUGAAGUUGUAGGCUUUCCUUCAGUGCCUUUAUUUGAAAACUAUAUAAUUAAGGAUCCCAAGUCUUUCUUCAUACUGGUAGGAAUUGUUUUUGACCACAGCUUCAAUAGCAGCAAUGAACCUUUGCCACUUAUGGUUAAGUAUGACUUGCGCUUCAGUUAUGUUCAGAGGAACUUCGCACAACGGAGGCAUUUCAUUUUUCAAGAGGAGAUAGAAGGCUGGUGCACAGCCUUUCUUUAUCCUCCUAAUCUAAGCCAAGAACCCCGGGAAUUUGCAUAUGCUGAUGGGGGAAGCCCUGGAUACAACGGAGAAGGCUUCCUAUCAAUACAGCAUGCAGUAGACAGAGCCAUCAUGCGGCACCAUGCUCCCAAUGCAACACAAAACAUGUUCAAGGAUCUCAAAGUACUGUUGCAGAGAUUCCCGUUUGGGCCCCAUAUCCAGGACCCAUUCUUAGUGAUCCUUCAGAAUGAGUUCCCUCUGCUGCUCAUGCUCAGCUUCAUCUGCGUCGAGCUCAUAAUCAUCAGUUCCGUUUCACUGGAGAAGGAGAGGAAAGUGAAGGAAUAUAUGUGUAUGAUGGGCUUGGAGAGCUGGCUGCACUGGGUUGCCUGGUUCAUCACGUUCUUCAUUUCUGCCUUAAUUGCUGUUUCUGUUAUGACCAUUCUUUUCUGCACAAAGAUAAACAGCGUGGCUGUGUUCGGGAACAGUAAUCCUUGCUUGAUAUUCAUUUUUCUGAUGUGUUUUGCCACUGCCACAAUUUUCUUUGCGUUCAUGAUGAGCACGUUCUUUCAGCGCGCACACGUCGGAACUGUGAUGGGUGGUAUCAUCUUCUUCUUCACGUACCUCCCCUACCUGUACAUCACUUUCAGUUAUCACCAGAGGACCUAUGUCGAAAAGAUAACCUCUUGCCUCUUCUCAAAUGUUGCCAUGGCAAUGGGAGUCCGAUUCAUCUCUCUGUUUGAAGCCAAAGGCUCCGGCAUCCAGUGGAGUAACGUAGGCAGCGUCCGAGGAGACUUCAGCUUCCUCCAGGUGCUGCUGAUGCUCCUGCUGGACUCCGUCCUUUACUGUCUGAUAGCCUUCUUGGUGGAGUCUCCCUUCUUGAGAAAGUUUAGAACGCCUAAGUCUUGGUACUUACUUGCCAAGUGCCUGACCUGUCUCAAGAGGCCUGUUCCAGUGACACUGCCACUUCUGGACAUGGGGGAGCCGGAGAAACCUUCAAGGAGAGAGUUCAUGCAGGACGAGCCAACUGAGCAAAUAAAAUCAGUUGAAAUCCUACAUCUGUAUAAGGUGUUUUAUAGGGGACGGAGUAAACGUGUAGCAGUCAAGGAUCUGAGCUUGAACCUGUUCAAGGGGCAGAUCACUGUUCUCCUGGGACACAACGGAGCAGGGAAAACCACGGUCUGCUCCAUUCUUACAGGUCUUAUUUCUCCUUCAAAGGGACAGGCAUAUGUCCAUGGACGGAACAUCUCAACAGACAUGGUUUACAUUAGGAAGAGCCUGGGCUGGUGCCCACAGCAUGACAUUUUGUUUGAUAACUUUACAGUAGCUGACCAUCUCUCUUUCUAUGGUCAGUUGAAAGGCCUGUCUCCCCAGAACUGCCGUGAAGAAAUAGAGGAGCUGCUGCCCCUCCUCGGCCUAAAGGACAAGUGGAACUCGAGGUCCAAGUUCCUGACUUGGGGGAUGAAGCGCAAGCUCUCGCUUGGCAUUGCCCUCAUAGCCGGUUCUAAGGUCCUGAUUCUGGACGAGCCCACCUCAGGCAUGGACUCCACUUCCAGGAGGGCCAUCUGGGACCUUCUUCAGCAGCAGAAGAGUAACCGCACCAUCCUGCUGACCACUCACUUCAUGGACGAAGCUGACCUGUUGGGGGACCGCAUCGCCAUCAUGGCCAAGGGGGAGCUACGGUGCUGUGGGUCACCAGCGUUCCUCAAGCAGAAAUAUGGUGGAGGGUAUUAUAUGACUCUGAUAAAAAUGCCCAUCUGUGACACUGUGAAGCUUUCGAGUGUGGUUUACCAACACGUACCAAAUGCAAUUUUGGAGUCCAGCAUUGGAGAAGAAGUGGUAUUCAUACUUCCUAAGAAGACCACGUCCAGGUUUGAAGCUCUAUUUACUGAAUUAGAACAGAGACAGAUAGAGCUGGGAAUCUCCACUUUGGGAGCCUCUGUCACUACUAUGGAGGAAGUGUUCAUACAAGUUUGUAAGUCGGCUGAUUCUGGCACAAGUAUCUUAACUGAGAAGCGACCCUCUGUUCAACAUUGUCCCCGAAUUCACAGAGUUCCUGUUGACAGAAUGAAAUGUCUUCACUCAAGAAUCUUUUCAGUGCAGUCUGGCCUGUCAAUCAAACUAAAUACUGGACUCUGUCUUUUCUGCCAACAAUUCUAUGCCAUGCUCCUGAAGAAGGUCACAUAUUCUUGGCGCAACUGGAAGCUGAUGUUAUUUGUGCAGAUUCUGCUGCCUCUGAUGAUCAUUAUGUUAAGCCUCACUUUUUUUGACUUCAAAUUAAAGAAAAUGGAAAACGUACCCUUGGAGCUGACUUUAAAAACAUAUGGUCAGACUAUUGUGCCAUUUUUUGUUUCUGAGAAUUUCCACUUGGAUCCUCAACUUUCAGAUAAUUUUAAAAAGAUGCUCGUGGCUGCAGGACAGAUUCCUUUGCAUCUUCAAGGUCCUGUAGAGGACUUCCUACUGAAAAAGUCAAAAACGUCUCCUGAGGAUUUUGAUAAGCUCUAUGUGGUGGCAGCUUCUUUUGAAGACGUGAAUAACCGCAGCACGGUGAAGGUGCUGUUCAACAACCAGGCAUACCAUUCCCCUGGCCUGGCUCUGGCUCUGGUGGACAAUUUUCUCUUCAAGUUUCUUUCCGGUGCCAAUGCUUCCAUUACCACAACCAACUACCCUCAACCGCAGACUGCCAAAGAGCUCUCCGAGAGUAUCUUGUACCAGGGCCCUAAAGGACAUUACCUUGUCGUCAACUUUCUUUUCGGAAUAGCUUUCCUGUCGAGCUCUUUCUCUAUCCUGACCGUCACAGAGGAGAACACUAAGUCUAAGCACAUCCAGUUUAUCAGUGGCGUCAGCGCAGCUGCUUUCUGGCUCUCGGCGCUGCUAUGGGAUCUCCUUUCUUUCCUUGUCCCCACUCUCCUGCUAGUGCUGGUGUUUUUAUGGUACAAGGAGGAAGCGUUUGCACAUCACGAGGGCACCACGGCAGUGGUCUUGAUCAUGAUGCUGUAUGGCUGGGCCACCAUCCCUUUCGUCUACACAGUCAGCUUCUCUUUCAAAAAUCCCGGUAAUGCAUGCGCUAAGCUGGUGGUAAUGCUCAUCUUCCUGAGCAUCUGCCCCACUGUGCUUGUCACGGUCACAAGCGAUAAAGACCUUGGCUAUGCGGAACUCUCCGACUCCUUGGAUCAUGUGUUCCUCGUACUUCCUGGACACUGCCUGGGGAUGGCUUUUUCCAAUUUGUACUAUAACUUUGAGCUAAAAAAGUUUUGCGAUGCUAGGAACUUGAGUGAUAUUAAGUGCAAUGAUGUUUACGAAGGCUAUGUGAUCCAGCGGAACAUCUAUGCCUGGGAGUCUCUGGGGAUAGGGAAGUACCUGACUGCUCUGGCUGUCCUGGGACCUGUGUACAUCAUCCUGCUUUUCCUCAUUGAAGCCAAUGCAUUCUGCAAACUGAGAUCCAGGCUUUCUGGCUUUGUUAGGAAGGAAGAAUUGGGAAUAUUCCUCGAUGUAACAGAGCCGGAAGAUGAAGAUGGAGAUAUACUAGAUGAGGCAGAAACCAUCAAGUUUUAUUUUGAAACAUUACUAAAGAAAAAUCCACUUAUUGUUAAAGAAGUGUCAAAGGUCUAUAAAGGGAAGGUACCUCUGCUGGCUGUGAACAAGGUGUCCUUCACCGUUGAAGAAAAAGAAUGCUUUGGCCUUCUUGGCCUCAAUGGAGCUGGGAAGACUUCCAUUUUCAACAUGCUGACUGGAGAGCAGCCCAUCACUUCAGGGGAUGUCUUUGUCAAGGGUUGCAACGUCAAGUCUGACCUGGCAAAGGUGCGCCAGUAUAUUGGUCACUGUCCUGAAUUUGAUGCCCUGCUAAACUUCAUGACAGGAAGAGAGAUACUUGUCAUGUAUGCCCGUAUCCGGGGCAUCCCUGAAUGCCACAUUAAAGUCUGUGUAGACCAGAUCCUUGAGGACUUACUCUUGCACGUGUAUGCAGACAAGCUGGUAAAGACCUAUAGUGGUGGCAACAAGCGCAUGCUGAGCACCGGCAUCGCCCUCAUUGGAGAGCCUGCGGUCAUCCUCCUGGAUGAGCCGUCCACCGGCAUGGACCCUGUGGCCCGACGCCUACUCUGGGACACUGUGGCCCGGGCCCGUGAGUCUGGCAAGGCCAUUGUCAUCACCUCCCACAGUAUGGAGGAGUGUGAAGCCUUAUGUACCCGGCUGGCCAUCAUGGUUCAGGGCCAGUUCAAGUGCCUGGGCAGCCCACAGCACCUCAAGAGCAAGUUUGGCAGUGGCUACUCCCUGCAGGCCAAGGUGCGGAGUGAAGGGAAGCACGAAGUCCUGGAGGAGUUCAAGGCGUUUGUGGAGCUGACCUUCCCAGGCAGCAGUCUGGAAGACAAGCAUGAAGGUAUGGUCCAGUACUACCUCCCUGGCCACGGCCUCACUUGGGCAAAGGUGUUUGGCAUUAUGGAACAAGCCAAGAAGGAUUAUAUGUUGGAAGACUAUUCCAUCAGCCAGGUCUCUCUGGAGGACAUCUUCCUGAGCUUCACCAGCCCUGUGUCCUCCACGGAAGGACAAUUCCGACAGGGGCAAGCUGUCCUAGCCAGCCCGUCUUCACCCUCUCACUCCGUCUCACCUCCUUCCUCCAGUCCUUCUUAUCAGCCUCCCCCGCCUCCAUCUCCACCUCCCUUAGAGCCUGUCCCGCUGUAAUAAAGACCCUAGUGCAGGGUAGCGUGCUGUGCACAGCCUGCCGUGUUAGUCACUCUGACACUGUGACAGAUUCCCUAGCGGAAGCAGCUUAAGGGUGACGUGGUUUAUUUUGGACCAUAGUUCAGUGAUACAGUCCCUCAUGACGUGGAAGUAGUACAGGAACGUGAAGCAGCUGGUCACCUGACAUCCUCAGUCAGGAAACCCAGAGCAAUGAACACCUGUGCUUGGCUCACUUUCCCCUUUCUUUUUUCCUUUUCUUUUCUUUUUCUUUUUUUCAAGACAGGGUUUCUCUGUGGUUUUGGAGCCUGUCCUGGAACUAGCUCUUGUAGACCAGGCUGGUCUCGAACUCACAGAGAUCCGCCUGCCUCUGCAUCCCUCACUUUCCCCUUUCUGUACACUCCUGGAUCCCCACGCACAGUGGGUCUUCCCACCCCGACCUACUCAAGACAGUCCCCCACAAGCAUAUUCACGGCCAGUCUGUUCAGCGAUCCUAGGUCUCAUCAGCUGACUAUCCAAAUCCCAUCCCUUGGCAACUCAACACCAAAGCACAUUACUUAAAUCAUAGCCUUUCUCUUUGUCCUCGUUCAUCUCAUAGUGCAAGGUACAAAAGUCCCCAUAGACUCUAACAGCUUUAACAGUGAAAAGUCCACAGCUCACAUCUCAUCUGAGAUUCAAGGCAACCUUUUUUGGGUGUGUGGAGGGCUUCAAGAUAGGGUUUCUGUGUUGUAACAGCUGUGGCUGUCCUGGAACUAGCUUUAUAGACCAGGCUGGUCUUGAACUAACGGAGAUCUUCCUGCCUCUGCCUCCCAAGUACUAGGAUUAAAGGUGUGUGCCACCACUACCCGACUCAAGGCAACCUCUUAACUGUUAAAUUCUAUA